AGGUGUUCCAGUGAUUUUUGUUGAAUUUUGUUCUUUUCGGUAUUUUCGGGUACUUUUCGUACAUUUGCAACCACGUUAGUUUCCCGUUGUUUCCAACGAGUACAUUUUAUACAAAAUCAAUAUUCUAGUCCUCAUAGCCCCACAUUGUCUUUUUACCAUAUUCAACGGAAUAAAGGUUUAAACUUCAUGCGUCUUGGUUUUGCCUCGGUAGCAUGACAGUAAAAAGACAAUACGACUAUGUCAACAUUUGAAGAAAAAGAUGGAGUUCCUCCAGAAGAAGCGAUGGAUAGAGAAAGGCGCGAAAGAACCCUCACAGAAGCUGGGAAAGAAAUAUAUGAGAAUAGAAGAAGUAAACUCACAUUUGACUUGGAUAAGGCAUGGGAUAGCGUAGAAAGUUUAAUUGUCGACAUCCACAACAUAUGUGAUCAUGAAAAUCCCAACAUAGAAAAAUGCAGAGAUUUAGAAACUGAAUUGGCAAAUUACUUCCAGAAGUAUGAAGCUCAAAAUGACUUAUAUGAGACAUUUUUACGCCAGAUUCACAGUAAUGAAUCACUUGAAGAACUGAAUGCCACAGAAAAAUACCAUUCAAGAAGAAAACAGUUGGUGCUUACAGAAACAAAAUGUUUACGUGACAUACGAUUAAACAUGCUGGAGAGCAAAGCUGCAAGUAGAGCUGACAAGCUGUCUAUAAAGUCACAUAAUACUAUUUUACAGAAAGCCAAUCUCGAGUACAAAAAGAAGGAAGCAGAUAUAAUGAAAGAAAAAGCAAUCGCUCAAGAAGAAUUACAAAUUGCAAAGGCAAAAUGCGAAAGGAAAGAAGCAGAGUUAAAUAGUGCUCUGAACAUUUUGAAAGUUGAAAAUGAAGCAAUGAAAGAUUCAGACUCACAAAUGAUUGACAAUGAAAGUAUAAUAAAUAAGGAAAGUUUUACCAGAGAUUAUAUUGAAAAGCUCUCACAUCUUAAUCCUAGUGUGCCAGCCUUUGAACCACGAUCAUUAAUACAGCCAGCUGACAGUGAUAUCACCACCAGUUUAUCACAAUUCUUAAUGAAAAAGGAUUUACAGCUUUCAAGGUUCACACAGUUUGACGACAAACCUGAAACCUUUGCUUCCUGGAAGUCGAGCUUCAAAAGUGUAUGUGGAAACUUAUGCCUAGACAAUGCAGAAGAGGUUGACUUGCUCAUAAAGUAUUUAGGCCCACAAUCUACAAGAUCAGCAAGGGCAAUUAAGGCUGCAAAUACAAAUAAUUUGGGAAAAGCUAAGGAAGAAAUAUGGCAUCGAUUGGAUGAACGGUAUGGAAGACCAGAACUUGUCGAAGCAACUCUGAAAAGAAGUGUCAUAAGGUUAGAAGAAUUCCCAAGAAUUGACUAUAAAGACAUGUCAAAACUGUACGACCUUAUAGACAUUCUUUGUGAAAUUGAAUAUUUGAAAAGUAACCCAACAUACUCUUCUUUACUGGCCUACUUUGAUUCGUCUUCAGGUGUAAAUAGAAUUGUUAGGAAACUACCACUUGGUAUCCAAGAAAAAUGGACAUACAGUGCUUCCAGGUAUAAACGUGAUUACAAUGUCAUAUAUCCACCAUUUGAAUUCUUCAUAAACUUCAUCAAAGAAAUCAGUAGCACCAAAAACGAUCCAGCUUUUAGGUAUGACUUUGAAUCAAUGAAAGUGAAAGAACACAAGAUGUUUGUAAAGAAACAUGAAAUAGAGCAAAAACAAUCUGAUAAUACUAGUGAUCAAAGGUGCCCUAUACACAAAGCAAACCAUUCCCUAAACAUAUGCAAAGCAUUCAAUAAAAUGUCACUAAUGGAGAAAAGAAAUUUUCUGAAAGAAAAAAGAAUUUGUUACAGGUGCUUAGAUUCAGUAAGACAUGUUGCAAGAGACUGCAAAACAGAAGUGAGGUGCGUAAAAUGCGGCAAAGGUCAUGCGUCUUCGAUGCAUAUAGAAAGACCAGAGACAGACGACGGCGGGGAGUCCAAGGGAAUGCAAGGUUUGAACUCUAAGUGUACCUCUCUGUGUGGAGACAAAUUCGUAGGCAGAUCUUGCAGUAAAACUGUGCUAGUAGAUGUAUAUCCGCAGGGUCAUUUAGAAAACGCUGUACGGGUGUAUGCUAUCAUCGAUGAUCAGAGUAAUGGAACAUUGGGAACCAUGGAACUGUUCGACAAAUUAAAUGUACAUACUGAAGCAACUCCAUAUACAUUGUCAUCAUGCUCUGGCCGUGUAACUAGGUAUGGCCGUAGGACAAAUAAUCUGUGUGUAAGGGCAGUGGAUGGUUCUAUGCUUGUACAAUUACCUAUAGUCACAGAAUGCGACGAUAUUCCAAAUGAACGUUCAGAGAUACCUACACGAGAAGUAGCUGAAGCCUAUGAUCAUCUUAAAUGUAUUGUAAAAGAAAUACCUAAAAUAGAAAAUGUGAACAUUCAGUUGUUGAUAGGAAGGGAUCUUCCAGAGGUACAUCAUGUGCUUGAACAAAUAACCGGUCAGAAAGGCACCCCAUUUGCUCAAAGAUUGCCACUUGGAUGGGUUAUUAUAGGAGAAGUUUGUUCAGGACGUUUACACUUACCAGAUACAGUUUCCGUAAAAAAGACUCAUGUACUAUCCACUGGACAGUCUACAUAUAUGGAACCUUGUCCUUACACACUGAGUUUGAAAGAAAGUUCCAAGUCAUUGAAUCAUGAUUACUGUGGUGGCGAAGAUCAACUUUUUGUACGAACGAACAAGGACAAUCAACUUGGCCUUUCGAUUGAAGAUAAGCAAUUUCUUCGACUCAUGGAUGAAGAAAUGAAAGUAGAUCAAGACGGUUUUUGGACUGCACCUUUACCUUUUAAGUCAAAUAGAUCAAAGUUGCCUAACAAUAAACAUCAGGUUUUGCGGCGGGCUCAAAUCCUAGAUGCCAAUCUCAAAAGAAACCCAGUCAAGAGAGAACAUUUUGUUAAUUUCAUGAGUAAGAUAAUCAACAAUGAAGCAUGUGAAAGUGCAUUACCUUUAGAAAGAGGUAGUGAGUGCUGGUAUUUACCCCUCUUCGGAGUGUAUCACCCGAAAAAGCCUGAGCAGUUACGGGGAGUAUUCGACUCUUCUGCGACAUUUCAUGGAUUUUCUUUAAAUAGUGUCUUAAUGUCUGGUCCAGACAUGACUAACAGUCUACUCGGCGUCCUGCUUAGAUUCCGUAAAGAUGAAGUGGCCAUCUCUGCUGAUGUGGAACAAAUGUUUUAUAGAUUCAGGGUUUCUACAAAGCAUCGAGAUUUUCUGAGAUUCUUCUGGUAUAGUGAAAAUAACCCAGAUAAAGACCUCACUGAAUACAGAAUGUGUGUACACGUUUUUGGCAAUAGUGCCUCUCCUGCAGUUGCAACAUAUGGCUUAAGGAAGGCAGUCCAAAACUGCAGAUGA